ACAUCCUUUGCGGUGCCAUAGCACAUGGAUUUCAGAACCGCCUGUGAGGAGACAAAGACAGGGAUUUGUUUGCUGCAGGAUGGUAAUCAGGAGCCUUUCAAAGUCCGGCUGCACCUAGCCAAAGAUAUUCUGAUCAUCCAGGAGCAGGAUGUGAUUUGUGUGUCUGGUGAGCCUUUCUAUUCUGGUGAAAGAACGGUGACCAUCAGAAGACAAACAGUGGGAGGAUUUGGAUUAAGCAUAAAGGGAGGAGCAGAGCAUAACAUUCCAGUUGUCAUUUCAAAAAUCUCCAAGGAGCAAAGAGCUGAACUUUCAGGACUACUCUUUAUUGGGGAUGCAAUUCUACAGAUAAAUGGGAUUAAUGUGAGAAAAUGCAGACAUGAAGAAGUGGUUCAGGUUCUUCGAAAUGCUGGAGAAGAAGUGACUCUAACUGUUUCAUUUUUAAAAAGAGCACCCGCCUUCCUUAAACUCCCAUUGAAUGAAGACUGUGCAUGUGCUCCAAGUGACCAGAGCAGUGGUACCUCUUCUCCUCUUUGUGACAGUGGCUUGCAUCUCAACUAUCAUCCGAACAAUACAGACACCCUAUCAUGUUCCUCAUGGCCAACAUCUCCAGGCUUGAGAUGGGAGAAGCGAUGGUGUGACCUCAGACUGAUCCCUCUGCUUCACUCCCGCUUGUCCCAAUAUGUUCCCGGCACAGAUUUGACUCGGCAGAAUGCCUUUCAAGUCAUUGCUGUGGACGGGGUAUGCAGUGGAAUUAUUCAGUGCCUCUCAGCCGAGGAAUCUGUUGACUGGCUACAAGCAAUAGCAACGAAUAUUUCAAACCUCACAAAGCACAAUAUUAAAAAAAUCAACAGAAAUUUUCCUGUAAACCAGCAGAUUGUCUACAUGGGCUGGUGUGAAGCACGGGAGCAGGACCCACUCCAAGACCGUGUGUACUCCCCAACUUUUCUAGCCCUGAGGGGCUCAUGUCUGUACAAGUUUCCAGCACCUCCGGUGACUACCUGGGACUGGACUCGAGCAGAGAAAACAUUCUCAGUUUAUGAGAUUAUGUGCAAGGUUCUCAAGGACAGUGACCUGCUGGACCGGCGGAAACAUUGCUUCACUGUGCAGUCUGAGUCUGGGGAAGACCUCUACUUCUCCGUGGAGUUAGAGUGUGACCUUGCCCAGUGGGAAAGAGCCUUCCAAACGGCCACCUUUCUAGAAGUAGAACGGAUACAGUGCAAGACGUAUGCCUGUGUGCUAGAAAGUCAUCUAAUGGGCCUCACCAUUGACUUUAGCACAGGAUUUAUCUGCUUUGAUGCUGCAACAAAGGCUGUACUUUGGAGGUAUAAAUUUUCUCAGCUUAAAGGUUCUUCAGAUGAUGGAAAGAGCAAAAUCAAAUUUUUGUUUCAGAAUCCAGAUACUAAACAGAUUGAAGCAAAGGAGCUGGAAUUUUCAAAUUUAUUUGCUGUUCUUCACUGCAUUCAUUCAUUCUUUGCUGCCAAAGUAGCUUGUUUGGACCCUCUAUUUUUAGGCAAUCAGGCUACUGCUUCUGCUGCUGCCAGCUCUGCUACUACAAGCAAAGCAAAGUACACAACUUGACAUACUGAUUUCCAAACUGACAGUUACCCCAACUAGAUAAACAGACUAAACAUAUUCAUCAUUUUACUCCCUGGAGAGACCAUGAUAUCACCAAGUCAACAAUGGAAUCAGAUUGAAGUUUCAGCAGAAAAAAAAAGAUGGUCAUGACUCAUCUCAAAUGCAUUUCUAUUCUGGAAGGCAUGUGUAAAUAAUCCUAGAUGAACAAGACAGCCUGUUCUCACUUGGUUGAUGUGUAUCCACAUACUGCUUUCACCAAAUGUGAAGAUCAAGAAAUGAAUGGUAUGAAGAUGUAUGUAAAUAAUAUAAAAAAGUUGUAAGCUACCUAUAAAUAAAAAUAACAAUUAAAUGGUUA